UACAUAAAACGUGUAUGUAUUGUGCGAGUGUGUACGUAUAAAUUGGGUGUACCGGCUAGUACUAGUAUAUAUUACUCGUACUAGUUACCUGCGAGAUUAACGGUAUCGAGAUUGGUGACUAACCAGACAUCAAUUUAAACCACCAGCGAGAGAGAAAAAGAGAGAGAGGGAGAGAGGGAGAGGUGGGUUCACGUUGUUGUUAUUUGGGGUUUUUCUAUUCCUAUAUAUAAUUCUCUCCUCGUGUACAUCAGAUCGGAAACAACAGCGGCAGCUGUAGGAGCUUACUGCAGGGUGAUGGGGAAGGACAUUACAGGUAUCCGUAUCGAUAAAAAACCUCAUGGUCACACCGUCAAGUCAAAUGGUAUCUCACAUGAUACAGCUCCCCAAGUUACAAGUGAAAGUGGUGAAACUGAGAGCACUGUGGUAGAGAAUCAUACUGCUGAAGAUUUGCUUGAUGAAGGUCAGGAGAAGCAAGAUUUAUUAGGUAUCAAAAGCAUAAACAGUGAGGUUGGUACUCCUGAGGAGAAAUCCCAGAAACCUGAAAUCCAGAAGUCAAGUGAAAAGACUUCCACCUCACCAAUCAGACCUGUCUCAGGUUCUUUAGCUGCUGACAAUUUCCCAUCAGAUUCCAAGGUUUCUCAUUCUUCUAGUGAUAAGACUGAGAAACAAGCCUCAAUUUCAACUGCUGAUUCUGAUGCCAAUUUUUCACCAAGCAUAAAAGAUUUUCACUCCCCCAAGGAUCCAGAACAUUUAGAGUUGCCUUCUCGUUCAAGUGCAAAGAAGCCACAACAACCCUAUCAUAGAAAAUUUCACGAUGAUGAGGAUAAUUGGUCGCUGGCUUCCUCUGCUGCAGCCUCUGUUCGGACAGUCAGAUCGGUGACCGUCCCUGUAGCACCCACAUUCUCAUCUGCUGAACGUGCCGCAAAACGUCAAGAGUUCUACAAAAAGUUGGAGGAAAAACACAAAGCUCUGGAAGCAGAAAAGAAGGAAUAUGAAGCAAGAAUGAAGGAGGAGCAAGCAGCAGCUAUCAAGCAGCUCCGACAGAACAUGGUUGUUAAAGCAAAACCAGUUCCUAGCUUUUAUCGUGAAGGUCCUCCCCCAAAGGUUGAGCCAAAGAAGUUGCCAGUGACGCGUCCUAAAUCACCAAACUUAACCCGUCCUAAAUCACCAAACUUAACCCGGAGAAGAAGUUGUGGGGAUGCUGUCAAGUCAUCAGUCGAAAAGGGAUCAUGUCCCCGUGGAAAUCGACGCAGCCUUGGCACUGUCAGAGAAGGUACUAAUACUGCCAACAACAUUAGAAACAAGAAUCCUAGGCGGAAUGAUAAUGGCAAUUGCAAACCCAAGGAUCUGUUUAAACCGGGAACUGAGAAACAGAAAGCAUCUCCGAGGAAAAUAACUGAAGAGAGGACUGCAGACAUAUCUGUCGAGUCAUGAACUUGUCGCUGUUCUCUUGAUUUGAAGAGGAAAAAAGUUGUCAACUCUAAAAAUGGUUCUUGUCCUGUUAUUGCAAUAUCCUUCGGAAGUGUAAAUUUUAUGCAGACUUGUAGUGAUAAUACAUACUAUAUAUAAAUUAUAAGAUAUCAUACUCUUUUUAAGACA